ACAAGAACAUGACGUGGAAGUAUGGUGACCGUCCGUCCCUUUUGUAUUAUUCAAUGAUUCAGUUAGUUUCUCCUGUUGAUGAAGACGCACUUUGAUUUCAAUUUGGUUUCAUCCGAUUUCUAUAAUCUUUCCUCUUUCUCUCUCGUUCAUCACUGUAAGUUAAUGAGAAUCUAGGAAUAAAACGGUGUCGUUUUUUAACUGCGACCAUAAAAUUCGGAGCCUCUGUUGAAGUAGUAUUUGAAGCUGCAGGCAGUAGCAGCUUGGCGAUAACUGUAAGUUGGUUCACGGCCUGCAAUAAAACCAGAAUCUUGGAAAGAACGGUGUUAUUUUUUAAUAGCGUCCAUAGAAAUCGGAGCCUCUGCAAUUUGGUUGUAACAGAAGUAGUAACUGAAGCUGGAGGCAGAUUGAUUACUGUCAGUUGGUUCACAGCCGACCAUAGAACAAAAAUCUAGGAAAAAACGGUGCCGUUUUUUUAACAGCUUCCAUAGAAAUCGAAGCCUCUGGAAGUAGGAAUCGAAGCUGGAGACAGAAACCAAAGCUGUAGCAGAAGGAGGAGGAUUUUACUGCGGAGAAUUGUGGUGUGAUAUUGAUUCUUCAAUGGCUGCUGCUCCAUCUCAUUUUCCACCUAUGGAAGAAAUGAUGAGGAAUCUUCAGGUUCCUUCAAAAGAGGGAAGCCCAUCAGAUACAACAUCUUGUAUUUCUUCAGCGGGAGAUAAUUCUGCUGCCAACCUGAAAGAGACGGAUAUGGGAGGUGAAACAGAUCAGGACUCGACUUAUCAGUCCACCAACUAUUAUGGAUAUUACUAUCCAGGUUUUGAUGCUUCUAGAGAAUUUCAUGAUAAAGGAUACUACAUGCCUGCAGAUGGAUUGGAAUUUCAAUACCCUGUUUUACAAGCAGAUGGAUCUCUUGUAUGUGUUAUGCCAGCAUUUCAGGAUGGCUACAGUUCAUUUAACCCUUAUUUACCUGUAACUGCAUUUGGUUUUGAUGGGCCAUAUCCUUCUGGCUGUGUGUUUCAGCCAUCCAUUACUUCCCCAGGAUAUUAUCCAAAUGUGCUUCCUUAUGGCAAGUUUAUUCCCUCACCCUUCGUCUGGGAUCCAUCCCUAUUGGUUGGGGAUGCAGUAUAUGGAAAUAGUUACAGUGGGCAUCCUGAAAUUCCAGGUUCUAAACCUAGUAUAACUUCAGCUAGUCAUACCUGUGCUCCUUAUACAAAAAAAUUAUCGCAGUCAGACUUUAGCAAACCUUCAGAAAUGAAGAGCUCUCUACCGUCAUUGGAUGUCUCAUCAGGUUAUGGUGUGCACGACGAAUUGAAAUCUUCAAGCAAGGCAUUACAACAUGGGUCAACUGUCCAGUCAGAUGCACCCAGAAAAGGAUAUUUCCCAUUUGUAAAAUAUCCCUUGUAUAAUCAAGGGAAUGGUGGAGUUUUCUAUUCAAACAGCCUUGUUAAUGGAAAAACAAAUGCACAGGUUUGGGGUGGAACUGAAAAGAUGAAAACAAGAAGCAAGGUCAAUGGUGUUGAUGAUUUUGGUUUACUUAGUGAGCAGAAUCACGGUCCUAGGACAACAAAUGCUAAAGGUGCUUUGGUAUCGGGAGGCAAUGCUUCUGGAACUUUGUCUACUGAUGGAAAUAGAAAUAAUAACAGCAUAAAUUCUCUUGUGAGGAGGGAUCAAUAUAACCUUCCUGACUUUCCUACCAAAUAUGAUCAGGCGUAUUUCUUUGUAAUAAAAUCUUAUAGUGAAGAUGAUAUUCACAAGAGCAUCAAAUACAAUGUAUGGGCUAGUACUCCUAAUGGAAAUAAGAGACUAGAUACUGCAUAUGAAGAUGCACAAAGUAGGAUUGUUGAGAAAGGUGGCAAGUGUCCUGUAUUCCUUUUCUUUUCGGUAAAUGCAAGCGGUCAGUUCUGUGGAGUUGCUGAGAUGGUUGGCCGAGUGGAUUUCAAUAAGAAUAUGGAUUUUUGGCAACAGGAUAAGUGGAAUGGGUUUUUCCCGGUCCAGUGGCACAUUAUAAAAGAUGUUCCAAAUCCGCAAUUAAGACAUAUAAUACUUGAAAAUAAUGAUAAUAAGCCCGUAACCAAUAGCAGAGACACACAGGAGGUUAAAUUUUGUCAGGGUAUUGAAAUGUUGAACAUUUUUAAAAACUAUGCAUCAAAGACAUCCAUAUUGGACGAUUUUGAUUUUUAUGAAAGCUGUCAAAAGGUGAUGCAAGAAAAGAAAAUAAGACCUUCUGUGCCCCAUUUUGAUCAUAUACAGGAAGGAGAUGAGCUAACCACCACUUUCAAGUCAACAAAUUUAUCUACUAGAGAAAAUGUUGAAGAUUCUUGCAAGGAAUAAACCCCCAUUGUAGGCCUGGUGGAUGAUUUGCAAAAGCCAGAAGCUGCAAAUUUUAGCUCUAUCGCUGCUGCUGCUGCUAUGACAUUACUGCCUGGAUACAAAUUAGAAAUUUGAAGGAGGAAUAGUUUCUAAAGAACAUAUGAAUUUGAUUGGAUAGAAGGUGAAACGAACGAUGAAGAUCUCAGUAGGUGAGAGAGUGGUUCCUUUAAGAAAGAAAAAGUAAAAAAAAAAAAAAAAAAGGUUGAGAAAUAUCAACAAAACUCCCCUACUUUUUAUUUAACAAAAAAAAAAAAGUAGAGAGAAUUGAAGGACAAUAGUGAGGAUUAUUCACUUGAAAAAAAAACAAGGGGGAAGGUUUGUUAUUAUAUUUCAAACUUAAGAGGGUUGAAAUUGUAAUUUUUUUUUUCAUAUGUUAAGUAAGUCGCUUAAAUAACCCAAAAAAGAAAAUGAAGAUGAUGAUGGUGGUUUGGGAGAGGCGACAGUCUUUAUGUGUAGCAUAUAAGAAGUUAGGAUGUAAGGUGAUUGAAAUGGUGUCUAAAUGUGGUGUUAGUGUUACAAAGUGUUAAGGGUUUUUUUUCAAAAAAAAAAAAAAAUCUAUUUCCUUGUUUUAUCA